UUCAAUAAAUACAAAUACAUAGAAGUGCAUCAAAUCAAUGGCUAUGAAGGGAACCUCUCUCCUGGUUCCUUCUGUUCAAGAGUUAGUAAAACAACCCAUUACCAAUAUUCCAGAACGAUAUCUUCAUCCAAAUCAAGACCCUAUUGCUGUUUCUAACACAAGCUCUUUACCACAAGUUCCUGUUAUCGACCUGCAUAAAUUGUUGUCUGAUGAUGCAACUGAGCUACAAAAUUUUGACCAUGCUUGCAGAGGCUGGGGUUUCUUUCAGCUUAUUAAUCAUGGAGUGAACACUCCAAUUGUUGAAAAUAUGAAGAUAGGUGUUGAACAAUUUCUCAAACUUCCAAUGGAAGAGAAGAAGAAAUUUUGGCAAACACCAAAUGAUGUGCAGGGGUUUGGUCAGUUGUUUGUUGUAUCUGAUGAACAAAAGCUCGAAUGGGCAGACAUGUUCUACAUUAACACUUUCCCUCCGGAUGCAAGGCAUCCACAUCUAAUUCCUAAUAUUCCCAAACCAUUCAGAGAUCAUCUAGAGAACUAUUGUUUAGAAUUGAAAAAACUAGCUGUCACGAUAAUUGGUCGUAUGGAGAAAGCUCUAAAGAUAAAAAGCAACGAACUUGUCGAGUUUUUUGAAGAUAUAUAUCAAGGAAUGAGGAUGAAUUACUAUCCCCCAUGUCCCCAGCCAGAGCAUGUCAUUGGACUCAAACCUCAUUCUGAUUCUGGUGCCCUUACUAUCCUUCUCCAAGUCAAUGAAGUGGAAGGCCUUCAAAUCAGAAAAGACGGAAUGUGGAUUCCUAUCAAGCCCCUCUCUGAUGCUUUUGUCGUCAACAUUGGAGACAUGUUGGAGAUAUUAACUAACGGAAUUUACCGAAGCAUUGAACAUCGAGCAACAAUCAAUUCAAUGAAUGAGAGGAUAUCAAUUGCUACAUUUCAUAGGGCUCAAAUGAGCAAAAUUCUAGGUCCAACACCAGACCUUAUUACUGCUGAAAGACCUGCUUUGUUCAAAAGAAUUAGGGCAGUUGAUUACCUUAAUGGAUUCAUGUCACGUGAGCUACAAGGAAAAUCAUGUAUAGAUUUUGUAAGGAUUCAAAAUGAUAUUGGUAAAUAAUUUAAAUUUACAAGUUUUUUCAUGAAAAUGAAAAAUAUGUAAAACAAGCACAAACAAACAUUGUGCUAAAAACAGGGCUAAUGUGGUGCAAUUGUAGAAAUGUUAGUAAUAAAUGGUGUGGAUUAGUGGAUGACCUA